AUGGAGGCGGGGGAGGGAGGAUUGGUUCGAGGCUCUAAUGGAGGACUUUUGCGUGCCUUCUGUGCUCCAAUAGCCGCAUCAUCGAGCUUUGAGGCGGAGCUGCUGGCUCUGAUUCGGGGGUUCGAGAUGGCUAUGGAGCUUUCGACACACAUCUGGAUUGAGCUUGACUCAGCGGCUCUGGUUACCUUGUUGUCAUCUGGACAGCUUGGUGCUGCGGAUUUCAGACAUCACAUGGCUUUGAUCCGGAGUAUGACUGCUCAGCGGCAUGUUCGGUUCUCACACAUCUACAGAGAAGGGAACUGA